GUUUUGCUCUUCGUUUCAAAUCCUGUUUUGCUCCGGUACGUUCUUUCCGCGUCGUGCACGUGGGCGGGCCGAGUCCGCUCGCCAGGGCGGGCUUCGCCCGCCCGCGGGGAGCUUUGCCCCCCCGCGUGCAGCGCGGGAAAACGGUACCGGAGCAAAACUGGAUUUGAAACGAAGGACGAAACCUUCUCUGAGUCAGUGUUGGUUUCGGUGCGAGGAGCUGUUGUUCAGAGAAGUGAAACCUGUCCCUUGGCUCAAGCAUCUCGGCCUCAGGUCUGAUUCGCAUCGACACUUCCGAUUGCCGCCGCAGAGCCAUGCAGCUCGUCGCCGCCGUCGUCCUCUUCGGCCUGGCCACCGCCAACAACGUCAUGAGCCCGUAUGCCAAAAAGUAUUUGGACAUCAAGGCCAUGUGCGCAGAGUGCGACGACGCAGCGCCCCUCGACGACGAGAAGGACGGCUGCGACCGCAAGGGCUGCGACCGCCAGGAGCCGUCCAUCAUGGGGAAGAGCACCCGCAUGCACAUGUGGACAUGCCACAACGACGAGAACGAGGACUUCGAGCUCAUCUUCGGCCGCGCCAAGAACAAGGCUGCGGGCCGCACUUCCAAGGACGACGCGGAGCUGUGCAUCGACAUCGAGGCCAUGUGCGCGGACUGCUACCCGUCUGCAGACCUCAAGGGCGCAGCGAAAGGCUGCGACAGCAAGGGCUGCAAGCGCCAGACCUUGGACCAGAUCAAGGCGGACGCCGAGGCUGGCGGCGAGGCGGAGAUCCAGCUGUGGACCUGCCGCGACGACGCGUCCAAUUCCAGCUUCUUCGGCAACCAGAAGUGGGACCUCUUGGGCAAUGGCCUGUGGAAGAACGCGGGCGCAAGCCUGUGCCUGGUGGCCAACCACGACGACGCCGAGUCGGUGGCACCUUGGUGGCGCCUGGUGGUAGCUUGGUUGCACCUUGGCACCGUUGGUGGCGCCGACGCCACCAGCGGUGCCGAGGUGCACGUGCGCGAGUGCCCCUACGACUCCGCGGACGGCCUCGCCGAGUUCGUCUUCGACUUCGAGACUGGCGAUCUGGCCGAGCAGUCGGGGGGCGGCGCGAGCGAGGGCCGUCGCCGCGCUCGUCGUGGCCAGUUCUCCGUCGGCGCCAUGGCCGCCCCCUCCAGGGCGAGCUCCCGGGCGCCGCUGGUGGGCGCGGCGUCUGGCGCGCUGGCUCUCGCGGCCGCUGCCGCUGCUGCCGCCCGCCCCCGCUUCGGCGCCAGCGAGCGCGAGCUCCCGCUCGCGACGGCGGAGUGAGCGCGGCGUCGCGAGUCAUGCGUGAAAGGGAGAGUUCCCUUUUUUGAAGAGACGGCGCCCCGCGUUCCUUCCUCCCCCCUCUCCUCCUGGAAUCCAUUGCCCCUGUGUUCUGAGGCAGUUGUAUAGCAGGGGGCACAGAGGACAGAGUGGUU